AUGAAUAUUAUAACUUCAUAAAUACAACAAUAAAAGGCAGAGAUCUUAGAAAUUGUUUGUCAAAUUCAUAAACGAGAGAUAGUCGCUGUAGAUCUAGAUACAUAAGAUAAAGGUAGUUUUUAAUACAUGUGUUGUAAUUGCUUAGUAGAGAAAAUGAAUAGUAACAUGAUAUCAACCAUUGAAUAGACAAAGGAUAGAAUAUAAUCUCUAAAGACAAAAAGAUAAGAAAAUAAGAUUAAAGAGAUCCAAGUGAGAUUGGAUCUCUUCAAAACCAUACUAGAUUAAAUAAUGGAGUUUAAAUGUAAUGUUGAGAAUACUUUGGAAAAAAUCUAUAGUCAAAUAAAAGCCCAAAUAUUUACAAUUUCAAAAGAAAAAUAAUCUUUAUUAGAUAAUUGUUUAAUGUAAUAUAAUUUCUAAGAGGAAGUUAAAUCUUUA